UGAACUGAAGAAAUUAGGAGGUGAUAAGAUGGAUUUGGAAAAUUUUUAAAGCUGAGGUGUAUUUAUAAUAUUUAUUAUCGUUAUAUUAAAAUGUGGAAAUAUUCUUCAUGCAUAAACAGAAAAAACACAGAAUUAACAAAAAUUUUAUCUAUGUGUAGUAGCAAUUGACAAAAUAAAUUUAAUCUUCGUUUUCUAAUUCAUUUUCUCCGUGCGUUUCCUCUAAUAUUUCAUUUAAGUCAUGACUACUCCAUCUGCAGUAGUAGCUGCUGUUGCAGCUGUUAUGUUAUUUGUUAUUUGUAACUUCUCUCUUCAUAAAAUUGAAGAAGGUCAUGUUGGAAUUUAUUACAGAGGUGGUGCUCUUUUAAAAGAAACAAGUACGCCUGGAUUUCAUAUGAUGAUUCCUUUCAUUACUACAUAUCGCUCAAUUCAGGUUACAUUACAAACAGAUGAGGUGAAAAAUGUACCUUGUGGCACAAGUGGUGGUGUUAUGAUAUAUUUUGAUCGAAUAGAAGUUGUAAACAUUCUGACAGCAACCAGUGUAUAUGAUAUUGUUCGAAAUUUCACAGCUGAUUAUGACAAAGCAUUAAUAUUCAAUAAGGUCCAUCAUGAGUUAAAUCAAUUCUGCAGUGUCCAUAACUUACAUGAAGUCUAUAUUGAUUUGUUUGAUCAGAUUGAUGAAAAUUUAAAAACAGCACUUCAAAAAGAUCUGAACAACAUGGCUCCUGGUUUAUUCAUUCAAGCUGUAAGAGUUACCAAACCCAAAAUUCCUGAAACGAUCAGAAAAAAUUAUGAGCUUAUGGAGGGUGAAAAAACAAAGUUAUUGAUUGCUGUUCAACGUCAAAAAGUUGUUGAGAAAGAUGCUGAAACAGAAAGGAAGAAAGCUGUUAUUGAGGCUCAAAAAAAUGCUGAAGUGGCCAAAAUUCAAUAUGAACAAAAAAUUAUGGAAAAAGAAUCAUUAAAAAAGAUGUCCCUGUUAGAAGAUGAAAUGGCUUUCUCUAGAGCAAAAACUAGAGCUGAAUCCGAAGCAUACUAUAAGAAGCAAUUAGCAGAAGGAAAUAAGUUGCUUCUUACCCCAGAAUAUUUGGAGCUGAAGAAAUUGGAAGCAAUUUCUCAAAACAGCAAAAUAUAUUUUGGAACUGAUAUUCCUACUAUGUUCAUGGAUUCUAGUCAUGUUUCUUCUCAGGACAAGAAAGUCGCAUCCAGUUUGGGCAUGGAAGAUUCAUCCAGUAAAAUAAUUGAUAAUGAGCUCAGAGAAACUUCAUCAUGAAAAAGCAUUUGAAAAGAAGAUUGUUUAAAGCUGCACAUAAAUUAUGUGAAAUAAGAUUCUGAUGUUGGAGUGGUAUUUGUGAAAUUCCUGUGAUUAUAAAUGUUUGGAACAUUGUCAUUAUUCUAAAUGUCAACAUUUUGUAAUUUUAUAUGAAAAAUUAAAGAAAUUCACUAUUAAA